AUGAGGGUGCAGAGAACGAGGAGACCAAAUAGAAGGAGAAAAGGCAAGUCUUUAAUGGAGCGAGGGACAGGUUGGGCGGAAACGGCUGCGGUGGAUGAAGGCUCGUGUUGGGUGGAAGCCAACUUGUUGGGGUCGUCGGAAUUGUCCAUCGGCAGCGGAGGGCGUAAUGCCGGAGGUACCAACGCUGCAGCAGGAGGUGCAACACCUGCAGGAACAAUCACUCCACGUACAACACCUGCUAUGACCGAACCUCCCCCAACACUGGGGACCACCACGCCCUUGUAUGGAGGCGGCGGAGGCACGGGACCCGUAAUCCCGGACUCGCCCAUUUCUAAUGCUUCCCAAUCAACUUUACGUUGUAUAAUUGAAGCUAUUGAAAUCGUCUCAGAUGUGUACUCGCCAUGA